AUGGGAGGUGGAGAUGAGGGUAGUGGAGGGUCUUUCGCCGGCCCUCCGCCGAUAGAACCUCUGACCUAUGUUUUUGUUGUUGUAGACUGCGAGUGGAUUUUGGUAUCGGACCUUAAGAGUUGGACUAAAGCAUUUUUUNAGUCUUUCGCCGGCACUCCGCCGAUUGAACCUCUGACCUAUGUUUUUGUUGUUGUAGACUGCGAGUGGAUUUUGGUAUCGGACCUUAAGAGUUGGACUAAAGCAUUUUUUGGGACCUCUCCUCAUUCGAGUCAUGACUAUGUCAACCCAGUUCAAACUUCAAACCCAUCGAUUAAAAUGGUUAUUUUCCUCCUGAAGAUCAUUUUCAUGGCCUUGAGCACCUUAUCAAUCAUCGUUCUUCGGCUAAUCUUCACUGUUACGGCCUAUCUUCUCGUGUUCGUGAUCCAAGCAUUCAAAGUCCCCGGAGAAACCAUUCAAAGCGCGUUAGAGAAGGUCGCGGAUGUCGUCAAUGCGUGUUUCGAGUAUUUGAUGGAGAUUGUAAUGGAAGUUAUCAGUUCUCUCAUCUCUACUUCCUUUGAUCUUCUCAAAGAAACCAUUAUAGGAUCUCUAAGUGCAACUGGGUCGGCCAUGGGAGGACUUGUGGACAAGACCAGAACUUCAGUUGAAGGGUUGUUGGAAGAUUUUCCGGAGGUUUUGGAGGGUUUAUCAGACAUGAUUACCACCAUGCUGGCCGAUCUUUGGAACAACUAUAAGGAUGCUUUAGGAUACAUCUCCCAGAAUGCUUAA